AUGGCCGAAGAACGCGCUCCCCCCCUCCGUCUCGGCUCUGUUGCCCCCAACUUCGAGACUGACACCUCUAACGGCCCUAUCAAGUUCCACGACUACAUUGGCAACAGCUGGGCUGUCCUCUUCUCGCACCCCGAUGACUUCACCCCCAUUUGCACCACCGAGCUCGGUGCUUUCGCCAAGCUUGAGCCUGAGUUCGCUGCUCGUGGUGUCAAGCUGAUUGGACUUAGCGCCAACGGCACCGAAUCCCACAAGGCCUGGAUCAAGGACAUCGAUGAGGUCACCGGCUCUAAGCUCACCUUCCCCAUCAUCUCCGACCCCGAGCGCAAGAUUGCCCACCAAUUCGACAUGGUUGACUACCAGGACACCACCAACGUCGACGCCAAGGGCCUGGCUCUUACCAUCCGUUCCGUUUUCAUCAUCGACCCCAGCAAGAAGAUCCGUCUUAUCUUGACUUACCCCGCUUCCACUGGCCGCAACACCGCUGAGGUGCUCCGUGUCAUUGAUGCUCUCCAGACCACCGACAACCACGGUGUCACCACCCCUAUCAACUGGCUCCCCGGUGACGACGUUGUCGUUCCUCCUCCCGUUUCCACCGAAGAUGCUCAGAAGAAGUUCGGCGACGUUCGCGUUGUCAAGCCUUACCUGCGCUUCACCAACGUCAAGAAGGAGUAA